AUGGGGCCUACCCUGGCAGUUCCCACCCCAUACGGCUGUAUUGGCUGUAAACUGCCGCAGCCAGAUUACCCACCGGCUCUAAUCAUCUUUAUGUUCUGCGCAAUGGUCAUCACCAUAGUCGUAGACCUGAUCGGCAACUCCAUGGUCAUCUUGGCUGUGUCGAAGAACAAGAAGCUCCGAAAUUCUGGCAACAUCUUCGUGGUUAGCCUCUCUGUGGCUGAUAUGCUGGUGGCUAUCUACCCCUAUCCUCUGAUGCUGCACGCCAUGGCCAUUGGUGGCUGGGAUCUGAGCCAGUUACAGUGCCAGAUGGUUGGACUCAUCACAGGGCUGAGUGUGGUCGGUUCUAUCUUCAAUAUCGUGGCAAUUGCCAUCAACCGUUACUGCUACAUCUGUCACAGCCUCCAGUAUGAGCGCAUCUUCAGCGUGCGCAAUACCUGCAUUUACCUGGUUGUCACCUGGAUUAUGACCGUCCUGGCUGUCCUGCCCAACACGUACAUUGGCACCAUCGAGUAUGACCCUCGCACCUACACCUGCAUCUUCAACUACCUGAACAACCCUGCCUUCGCUGUGACCAUCGUCUGCACCCACUUUGUCCUCCCUUUGCUCAUAGUGGGUUUCUGCUACGUGCGGAUCUGGACCAAAGUGCUGGCGGCCCGUGACCCGGCUGGGCAGAAUCCUGACAACCAGCUUGCUGAGGUGCGCAAUUUUCUAACCAUGUUUGUGAUCUUCCUCCUCUUUGCAGUGUGCUGGUGCCCUAUCAACGUGCUCACUGUCUUGGUGGCCGUCAGUCCAAAGGAGAUGGCGGGCAGGAUCCCCAACUGGCUUUAUCUUGCAGCCUACUUCGUAGCCUACUUCAACAGCUGCCUCAAUGCUGUGAUCUACGGUCUCCUCAAUGAGAAUUUCCGAAGGGAAUACUGGACCAUCUUCCAUGCUAUGCGGCAUCCUAUCCUGUUCCUCUCUGGCCUCAUCACUGAUGUUCGGGAGAUGCGGGAGGCCCGAGCCUUCGCCCGCGCCCGCGCCCGCGCCCGUGACCAAGCCCGCGAACAAGACCGUGCCCGUGCCUGUCCUGCUGUGGAGGAAAUGCCGAUGAACGUCCGGAAUGUGCCACUACCCGGUGACGCUGCAGCCGGCCAACCCAGGUCUGCCUCUGUGCACCGCAAAUCUGCCUCCGGUCACCAUAAGUCUGUCUUUAGUCACUCCAAGCCUGCCUCUGGCCACCCCAAGUCUGCCACUGUCUACCCUAAGCCUGCCUCUGUCCACUUCAAGGCUGACUCUGUCCAUUUCAAGCCUGCCUCUGGCCACCCCAAGCCCGUCACUGGUCACCACGUCCCUGCUGGCAGCCACCCCAAGGCCACCUUCAGCCCUGCCACCAGCUGCCCUAAAGCCACCACUGGCCACACCAAGCCUGCCACCAGCCACCCCGAGCCUGCCGACUAUCCCGAGCCCGUUGCCACCAGCCACCUGGAGCCUGAACCCACAGCUGCUGGCCACCUAGAGUGCGACGUCACUGACCUCCCUGAGCCCGCCUCCAGCCCUGCCACCAAUGAUUACCGUGAGGUUGUGGUUCUUGAUGUUGAAGCUGAUUCUGAUGAAAUGUCUGUGUGA